AUGGGGCUUCGUAUCCCUGCUCCCUUCCUCUUCCUCCUCCUCGUCCCCAUACUGUCUGCUGACUCCGCCACCGACCGAGAGGCUCUCCUCUCCUUCAAGGGGCUGAUCUCCGACGACCCGCUGGGAGCGAUGGACGCCUGGAACGAGUCCACGCCGCUUUGCCGGUGGCGCGGCGUUACAUGCGGCGGCGGGACGGCGGAGCGGGUGACGGAGCUGGCGCUGAACGGGCUACGGCUGGCGGGGCAAAUAUCCCCCCGCCUCUCCAGGCUCGCCUUCCUCACCAAGCUCGACCUCUCGGCUAAUCGUCUCGACGGCGCCAUUCCGGGGGACCUCGGCCGGCUCGCCGCCCUGCAGCGAGUCAACCUCAGCAUCAACUCCCUCAUCGGCGAGAUUCCCUCCACCCUGGGGAACUGCUCCGGGCUCCAGUACAUGAGCCUGAGGGACAACAAACUACGCGGGAGGAUCCCAGGGAGCAUCAGCAAUUGCGCCAAUCUGGAGAUCCUGAGCUUCUCCGGAAAUAACCUCGACGGCGAGAUCCCGCCGGAGCUGGGCUCCUUGCCGAAGCUCCAGUACCUCGGACUUUCCUUCAACAAUCUCAGAGGGCCUAUCCCCUCUUCCCUCGCGAACAUCUCCACUCUCACCACUCUCGAACUCAUAAGCAACAGCAAACUCGGGGGGAAGAUUCCGCCGGAGCUGGGCUCCCUCCCCAAGCUCCAGUUCCUUAGACUUUCCUCCAACAAUCUCUUCGGGUCGAUCCCUUCCUCCCUCGGGAACAUCUCCACACUCAGCUCGCUCGAUCUCUCAAAUAAUAGCCUCCGAGGAAGCAUCCCGCCGGAGCUCGGGAACCUCUCGAACCUUACAGCGCUCUCCCUCUUCACCAACGAGCUCACCGGUGCAAUACUUCCUCGGAUGGGGAAUCUAUCCAAGAUGACCCAACUCUAUCUUAACGAGAACCUCCUCGAAGGGGAGAUCCCCGGCGAGCUCGGCGGCAUGAAAAACCUGAACAUCCUCGAUGUGUUUCAGAACAAGUUAUCGGGCAGGAUUCCCCCUUCUGUCUGGAAUCUCUCCUCUCUUAUUCUACUGCAUGUCGGGUAUAACCAGCUCUCCGGCCCUCUCCCGGGGGGCCUCGGAGAAACCCUCCCCAACCUAAAGAAUCUCCAUCUGUUUGGGAACCAGUUCAUAGGGACCCUUCCUCCGUCCGUCUCUAACGCCACCGGCAUGGAGGUCCUCGAGGUCGCCGAAAACAGACUUGGAGGGGUGAUCCCUCCCGAUCUGGGAAAGUUGCAGAACUUGAGAUUGCUGGACUUUUCCGGCAACAAGUUCCAAGCUCUGGAUGAAGAGGACUGGAGCUUCCUCACCUCUCUGACAAACUGCAGAAGUUUAGAGAAGCUGGAGCUUCAGAACAACAGCCUGGGAGGAGUUCUCCCCCCCGCCAUCGUCAACCUCUCAAGGAAGCUGAAUACUCUGCGCAUCGAUAGGAAUCAAAUCGGCGGGAUGAUUCCCGAGGGGCUGGGGAACCUCGUCGGGCUCAGUAUGCUCUACAUGGGCGGUAAUCUCCUCGCGGGCGGAAUCCCCGUCUCCAUUGGGGAGCUAACAAAUCUGGAGGGGCUGAAACUGGAGGAGAACAUGCUUUCCGGUGAGAUCCCACCUUCGCUGGGGGGUCUCUCUAACCUGUCAGAGCUCUCCCUGGGAGGGAAUCUGCUGGAGGGGAGGAUUCCCACAGCCUUUGGAGGCCUGAGAAAUCUCGAGGCCCUGAAUCUCUCGGAUAACAAUCUCCAUGGCGAAAUACCCAGGGAGAUCCUGUCUCUCACCUCUCUCUCCCGCCACCUCGAUCUAUCCGGGAAUCGUCUGAUCGGGUCUCUGCCCUUGGAGAUCGGCAAGUUGAAGAAUCUGAAGACCCUCGACCUCUCGCGGAACGGAUUAUCCGGCGAGAUCCCGUCCUCCAUCGGCGGUUGCCAGGUCCUCGAGUUCCUCCUCUUGGAGAGCAACCUCUUCCAAGGAGCCAUUCCUUGGGCGCUGAGCAACCUUAAAGGAAUCCAAGAACUCGAUCUCUCGGGCAACAGACUAUCAGGGAAGGUGCCGGAGUUCCUCGAGGGUCUCAGUCUCCUCCGGCGUCUGAAUCUCUCCAACAACAGCCUCGAGGGGGAGGUACCCCGCGGCGGGAUCUUCGAGAACGCCAACGCAGUUUCUCUCGUUGGGAACAACGGUCUCUGUGGGCGCAACCCGGGGCUGCUGCUCUUGCCGUGUCAACGGCGGAGAAACUCCGUCGCGAUCAAGGUCGCCGUCCCCCUCGGGGUCAUUCUGUUCGUCGUCCUGCUGGCGGCUUCCCUCUUCGCCUACCGCUCGAAGAAGAAGAGCUUGGGGGAGAAGCCGCCGCCGUCCCAUCUCGGUAAAAUCUCCUACGAGGAGUUCCACCGAUCCACCGGAGGGUUCUCUCCGGACAACAUCGUCGGGAGAGGAGCCCACGGCUGCGUAUACAGAGGGAAGCUGGGGAAAAGGAGUAUGCCCGUCGCAGUGAAGGUGCUCGAGCCGGGAAGCGCCGGCGCCGCGAAGAGCUUCAUGGCGGAAUUCGAGGCCCUAAGGAAUGUCCGUCACCGGAACCUGGUCAAGAUCUUGGCUUCCUUCUCCGGCGCCGACUUCCAAGGCAACGAGUUCAAGGCUCUGGUCUACGAGCUCGUGCCCAACGGCUGUCUGGAUCAGUGGAUCCACCCAGAGGACUUCGACGGCCCUAGGCCGACGAGGAGUCUGGGCCUUGUUCAGAGAUUGAGUAUCGCCGUUGACGUCGCCCACGCAAUCGAGUACCUACACCAGUGCAUAGACAGCCCGAUAAUCCACAGCGAUCUGAAGCCGAGCAAUAUUCUCCUGGAUGACGGGAUGACCGCCCGGGUAAGCGAUUUCGGCCUUGCGAGGUUCCUCACCUCUGGAUCGUCCCACUGCACCAUCGGUUCGGUCGGAUUGAAGGGGACGAUCGGGUACGUCGCCCCAGGUACGAAAUUCCACUGCUGUUCUCGAGCCGACGGUCUGUUUCUCGGUCUAAACCGAAGAGUUUGGUGAUUUUAGUACGUUUAAUGGAGCGAAUUUUGUGUUUAUUAAUGCAGAGUUGGCGACGCUGGGCAGAGUCUCCACGGCCACCGAUGUCUACAGCUUCGGGAUACUGCUGCUGGAGAUUUUCACGGGGAAGAGACCCACCGACCCCAUUUUCGUGGAGGGGCUGUCCCUCCACCGCUUUGUCAGGGAGGCGCUCCCCCAUCAGGUGAUGGCCGUCGCAGAUCCACAGCUGCUUCCCGGGGAAGGAGAAGAGGAGGACGGAGAUGGAGGAGCCGUCGUCAAUCUCCGGAGGAACCCGAUGAUCGAAUGCCUCAUUUCCGUGCUCAAACUCGGGUUGCUGUGCUCGGAGGAAUCACAGAGGGACCGCCCGAGAAUUAGGGACGUCGUCAAAUCGUUAACUCUCACGAGGGACGCCUUCCUUCGUUCUGAAUCCCGUCUUGGAUAUCACGCGAGACGGGUAGAGAUAGAGAUAGAUAGAUAG